AUGCAUCACAAUGAACAGAACGACAACAAAAGUCCCCGCCAGACCGCUCAGUGCAGCAGCACUGGCCCUGAAGACUUCAUACAUGCAGUGGUCAAAAAGGCCGGGCCUGCUCUAGGUGUUGCUCUGACCAUUCCUUCAGUGACGGUCGCUCAACUGGUCAGUCAAGUAAGAUAUGACUUCGUAUUCAUCGAUAUGGAGCAUUCCCCUCUCGGACCAGAACAGAUGACUGCCAUGGUACAUGGAGUUGUGGCUUCGUCCAGAGGUUCAUGCUUCCCACUCGUCAGAGUUCCAUCCCAAGGAGUUGAAUGGAUUAAGUGGGCUCUCGACAGCGGUGCAGCGGGUAUCAUUGUGCCAAUGGUAAAUAAUCAGGCUGAGAUGAGGACAAUUGCCCAACACGCCUUGUAUCCCCCGCGCGGUAGACGAAGCUUCGGACCAAGCAGCGCGCCUUGGGGUCUCCCUAAUGGUCCAGGCGGCGGCGUGGGGGAGUACGUUCAACGGGCAUCAGAGGGCAAAAUAGCAAUUUUGCCCAUCAUUGAAUCUACCGAGGGAGUUGAAAACGUGGAAGAUAUUAUCUCCAUUGACGGUGUCUCUGGCGUUUUCAUUGGCCCUGUCGACCUCCGACUUUCACUGGGACUUUCGGGAGCAGAUGGAGAGGAGCCAGUCUACGAAGCAGCCCUGCAGAAGAUAAUCGGGGCGACAAAAAAGCGAGGUAUGGUCGUUGGAAGUCUCGCGUUGGAUGAGAAGGUUGCGAGGAAGCGGGCAAUGGAAGGUUUCAACUUUCUCGUUGUCUCCACAGAUGCGAUGAGCAUGGUCAGUCGGGUCAAGUUAGACUUAGAUAGGGCAUCCAUAGUCACCGCUCCUCACACCGGAGCUUCGUUAUGA